AUGGACUUGCUCGAGCAGGUUCAGACCUACAAGAAAGAUAGGGAGGGACCCUUUAUCAGGGAAUGUAUUGAUACGACAAUGAGAAAUGUGUUUGUUGUAAGCCUGGCAGUUGCAGACUUGGUUGUAGCAAUCUACCCAUAUCCACUGGUCCUCACAUCUGUAUUUCACAACGGAUGGAGUCUGGGAUACCUUCACUGCCAGAUUAGUGGCUUCUUGAUGGGCCUAAGUGUCAUUGGAUCAAUCUUCAAUAUUACAGGCAUCGCUAUCAAUAGGUACUGCUAUAUCUGCCACAGUCUCAAAUAUGACAAGCUGUACAGCAACAAGAAUUCAUUGUGCUAUGUUGUUCUUAUCUGGGUCCUAACAUUUGUUGCUAUUGUGCCAAACUUAUUUGUGGGAUCACUGCAGUAUGACCCCAGGAUUUACUCAUGUACAUUUGCACAGUCGGUGAGCUCCGCAUAUACAAUAGCUGUUGUGUUUUUCCAUUUCCUUCUUCCCAUAGCCAUAGUUACUUUCUGUUAUUUGAGAAUAUGGAUCCUUGUUAUUCAGGUAAGGCGAAGGGUUAAACCAGAUAACAACCCCAGGCUGAAACCACAUGACUUCAGAAACUUUGUAACCAUGUUUGUGGUAUUUGUACUGUUUGCAGUCUGCUGGGCUCCUUUGAACUUCAUAGGCCUUGCUGUGGCUGUCAACCCAAAAACUAUCAUCCCUAGGAUUCCAGAGUGGUUGUUUGUAUCUAGUUAUUACAUGGCAUACUUCAACAGCUGCCUUAAUGCUAUCAUAUAUGGACUCCUGAACCAGAACUUCAGAAGAGAAUACAAGAGAAUUAUUGUCACUUUUUGUACUGCAAAAGUUUUUUUCCAAGAUAGUUCUAAUGACAUGGGAGACAGGAUGAAAAGUAAACCCUCUCCGCUGAUUACAAACAACAAUCAAGUGAAGGUGGACUCUGUCUGA